AAAGAAAAUUUCACUUUCACCUAGCUGGGUCGCGCUGCCUCAAUCAAGCCCCUCCGGUCCUCUGGUUUGGAUUCGAUUUGUUAAUUUGUUUCGGCUUUCUGAACCGAAGCCUAUAAAAAGGCUUUGAGAAGGCUUCUCUGCCUCGCACGCAUUUUCGGAGGCAGGAGGCUUGUAAUUGCUGCUGUUGUUGGAGGGAGGUCUCUUACCAGAAUCAAACGUUGGUAACUAAUCUGGUUCUUUAAAAAGUUUGUAUGAGAUUUCAGUAGUUAAAACAUGAAGCGCAAGCGUGGGAAUAAGAAAGGCAAGUCAAAAAAACCCCCUGUGAGGGUAUUAAAUGAGCCAGCCAAAAAUGUCACCAGCCUAAAUACAGAAGAUAAUUCUGGUUUUGGUGAUAUUGACAAUGAUGACUUUGACUCUGGAAUGGAGGCUGAGACACCAUCUUCAACUGGAACUGAUCAGCCAGAGAAACUUGCAAGUAUAAAUUCUGAGAGGUUAAUUGAUAAGCCUGGUGGAAAAUUGGUUUAUGGGCGGGUUAAAGUGAAAAUCAAGGCCUCAAAAACUUUAGACUCUCAGCUUACCUCUUCAGAUGCUCCUACACAAAGUGAUACUGACAAGAGUACCCAGCAGGUGGGUCUAGAAAAGCAUGUAGUUGUUAGUGAGAAAAUGGAAGACAGUGCCAAUUCAUUGCUGGAUACAAAUACAACUAUUGCUGCGAACCCAUCCAAGAAAGCUGGGAGCAUAAAAAUUAAGUCAAGGGGCUUUGGUUCUUCAGGUAUUAAUCCAUGUAGUAAUGCGGUGCCGCUGCAGACUGAGCACACACCCCCAAAAGAUCCUGACUUACUUCAUCAAGAUCCUCGCUAUGAUGAGCAAGAAUUGAAUGCUGCCCUGGAGGUAAUUAAAAAGGUUAUGAAAAUGGAUGCUGCUGAGCCAUUCAAUGCUCCGGUGAAUCCUAUUGCAUUGGGAAUACCUGAUUACUUUGACAUCAUUGAUACACCUAUGGACUUUGGGACAAUAUGCAGCAAUCUUGAAAGUGGUGUUAAAUACCUGAAUUCAGAAGAUGUCUUUAAGGAUGUGCAGUAUAUAUGGGAAAAUUGUUAUAAGUAUAACAAUAAAGGUGAUUAUGUUGUUGAGCUCAUGAAGCGUGUGAAGAAGAACUUCACGAAGUAUUGGAUGUCAGCUGGGUUGCACUCUGAUCAAACACAAGGCAUUAGCGGUGUAGAAAGCAUUCAGUUCAAGGAUGUUGCACCUACCAGCGGUGUAAAGAUUCAGUUGAAAAGUGGUCACUAUAAACAUAAGAUACGGAAGCGACAAGGAGUUAAAAAGCACAAGGAUGACUGUCUGUGUGCUAUAUGUGUUAUGAUGCGUCGGAGGCAGGAGCGAGAGGCGAGCGCUCAAAUUGAAGACCAGAUAGGGACUCCUAGCAUUCAUCUCACCCAAGAGGUGAAGCCCGAGGAACCUUCGCCUGCAGAAAGUCCCUAUGGUGAAGACACUUCAUCGAAUAUGGAUAAUUCAGCAGGACCAGAUGCAGCUUCGGACAUGGAAGAAAAAGGAGAGGUUAGGUUGGAAGAUACCAAACAGCUAUAUAGACCGGUACAGGAGAAGCUGGAUGAGGAAAAGAUAAGCGAAAUGGAGACCCACACAAAAGGAGGUGAAAUAUCUGGACAUUCACAUCCUGGUGAAAGAUCUGGAGAGGAGCAUAUUAGGAACUACACAACACAUAAUGUGGAGUCUAGUGGUGAUAUGCAGGUCGAUACCCAGAUAGAACAUACAUCCGUGCAGCAUGAUGAUGGAACUGCAGCAGUUGAGCAACAGACGCCAAAGGAGUUGUUAGAGAAGAAAAGGAAGGCAAAAAUAUUGGAGAACUUGCAGAGUAUUGAAAAUCCUAAGCUUUUGAAGUUAUGUGGAACUCUUUUCCCUGACAAUCCGAAAUCUGUAUGGAGUGGGCAGCAUUCAUUGGCUGGGCAGAGGGAAGAUGGUCGAAGCAGUUCUAUUCAUGAAGCUAUAAAGACAUUCAUGAAGUAGUUGGGUGUGGCUGUCUAGUUUCCCUAGAAUUGUAGAGCGCAAUCAGGGAUAUAACUUCUUCUUGUUGCUGGAAAUAAUCUGAGGGAACUUUCAGAAUGUGGUUUUGGAUUUUGUACAGCAGGAGAUUAAUGUUGGAUUGGAUUUGAUGGCAUUCAUGUGCAUCGGCUUUCUUGGUGAAUAUGUGCAUGCAUGCAUGCAAUCAAUCAGAUCCAGAAGCUCAAGUUUGGGGGAUUUAAUCAUAAUCUGAAUAUAUCUAUAGUUAUCUAGUUACCCUAUUUUGUGUAUAUGUACAGAAGUAGAUCUCUGCAUUAGUGGAUAGUAUUGCAGUUGGUUAUUUUGAAGAAUGUGUGUACAUGUACGUCACAUUGGAGAAAAAAAAUUUGCUUUUUAAACCUAUUCCU